UUCCAUCACCACUAAGAAUCUUUUAACUUGUUUUUUAUCAUCCUAAAUAAUAAGCACUUUUAAACAACAUCACAUUUUCUCUUUGCAUAUAUCUAACUAUUGCUCACAAAUUCUCUCAACAUAUUGCUCUCUUGAGUCAUUGAAGCCUAAGGAACUUAAGAGUAUAACUCUUAACAAUGAACUUCAACACUUCUGUCUCUAAAUGCUCAGUCCAUCAGUUGGAGACAUUAGAUGAGAAUGUUCCUGCCUCAUCAUCUGGCCUUCCGCCGCCUGAAACGCCGACAGAAUCUAUGGAGUUUCUUGCUAGAUCAUGGAGUCUUUCUGCUACAGAACUAUCCAAAGCAUUGCAUAGCACCAAUACCACGACAUCCUCGGCUAUUGAGAUGCAACUUCUAUGCCAUUCUGAUCAGUUUAAUACCAAAGGCUUCACUGCUUCUAAGGAUUCUUUAUCUAUCGGGCGUUAUUCUCAGAUUUCGCCUAAAGAAAGUAGCGAAACGAAGGAUUUACUUUUACUUCAUCAAGCACUUUCUACGGAUUUCAUUUCGAGUCAAAACUUGCUGAGAAAUGGGCUCUAUAGGAGCUUGAUGAGAGGGAAGACAACAGGUAGGUGGUUGAAAGAUCAGAAGGAGAGGAAAAAGCAAGAAAUUCGGACUCACAAUGCUCAGCUUCACGCCGCAGUAUCGGUAGUUGGUGUUGCCGCCGCUGUUGCAGCAGUUGCGGCUUCAAUAGCAUCGUCCGAUAAACCUAACGCCAUGGCUUCUGCUGCAGUUGCUUCUGCAGCUUCUUUAGUAGCCUCUCACUGCAUUGAGAUUGCAGAAGAUAUGGGAGCUGAACAGGACCAGAUCGUAACCGCAGUCGACUCGGCUAUUAACGCAAAAACCAAUGGGGAUAUUAUGACUCUUACAGCUGGAGCAGCCACGGCUUUGCGAGGAGCUGCUACGCUAAAGGCGCGUCUGGAGAAGGGGAUUGGAGCUACUGCGAUUCCUCCGAUUGAGGAGAAGUGCGGCGAAGCCAAAGAAGCAAGCAUCUUGGCAGCACUGGACUUUGUCUUUAGAGGAGGCGUACUUCUCAAACGUACAAGAAAAGGAAUUCUUCACUGGAAGCAAGUUUCUUUCAAUAUAAAUUCAAAUUUUCAGGUAGUAGCGAAAAUGAAAAGCAAGCAUAUUGCAGGAACAUUCACGAAAAAGAAGAAAUAUAUAGUCACUGGAGUUUGCAGUGAUAUCCCAGCUUGGCCCGGAAGGGAAGACCAUUGCGAAAAGAGAGCGUAUUUUGGAAUAAAAACAGCCGACAGAUUAAUAGAAUUUGAAUGUGGAAGAAAAGGAGACAAGCUGUUCUGGUUAGAAGGAAUCCAAUACAUGUUGAAUUGCCGCGCCAAAGUAACAUACUGAAAAAUAUUAACGAUGACAAUGUGAUUGCUGUAAAUACAUGUUUACUUUUCUUUAUCGAUAUGUUGAUUUGACAGCGCGACUAUAAAAUAUCCCUGAAAAAAUUGUUGUCCUAUUAUAAGUUCAGUGAAGCGUAGGAUCUAUAAA